AUGGCAGAUACCACUAUUCACAGCGAGGGCUUCACCUCCGAAACCAUUCUCGUCCGUGUCUCAGACAAUGCAGUUCCCGAAAGCGUUUUCUGUCGCUGGCGAAGAUGCGCAACAGCCUCGAGUGAAUACUUCCACGCCAUUGACCUCUUCUUCAGAGUCAGCCAUCCACAGACCGAGCGGUCUGAGCAAGCCAAAUCCCUCGAAGGAGAAGGAAGCGCACUGGAAACGCUAGUGCGCCAAGCUCGCAAGAUCGUCGACAACGGACAUAGCCCCCGGCGAAGCGACAUUGUUGCCAAGGUGAUCCUAUCACCCAGGGCCGGAUACCUUUGUCGAAGCGACAUUCUCGACCUUCGCAUGCGCCAUUCUGAGUUCAUCUCCGCGGUGAUCCGAUUCACAGACUGCCAAGACUAUCUCCUCGGAUCAGGUGGGAGAGAAGGAGAAGAAGAAGCAAGCAUUCUCCCACUCCUCGCCUCGUCGCCUGGAGCACUGCUACUCAAGCAGUCGACGCACGACUCCUCUCCCCUCGACACCCUGCAACUGCUCCAAGACGACCUCGCGAUGCGGCUAUCCUUCCCAUGGAUACUUCCCACCCAGCCCAAGCCGCGCAGGGUAGCCGUUAUCGGUGGACGGGGCAUGUACGACGUCCACGGGAGAACCUACGGGUCGCAGGGCUUCUUCGAGGCGGCGCACGCGCUGGGGGUGUCGCUGAUUGUCCUGGACCAGCAUGACCACUGGCUCGCGGGCGAGGCUUACGCGCAUCUUCGCGAGGAGUUCAUCGCACUGGACCUCUCCGCUCGGGCGAACCUCCCCGAGCGCAUCGCCGCAGCCGUCCGUGGCCGGGCCAUCGACGGGAUUGUCACUUUUACCGACGAGUACGUCGUGACAACGGCCGAGGCGGCCGAAUUUCUAGGGUUGCCGACUGAGCCAGCGGCGGCGAUGCGGCAGGCGCAUCACAAGCACGAGAUGCGACGGUUGCUGCUCUCGCAGCAGCAGCAGACCGACAACAACAAGAACAACAAUGCCAGGAGCACCCAAGUUCAGGCGAUCCACCUCCAUAGCGCGGCCCAACUGGACCACCCUCCCCCUGCCCUCGCCAACCAGCUCGCCGCCCUGCAGUACCCGCUGGUCGUCAAGCCCUGCCGGGGCCAGUUCUCCACCGGCGUGAUGAAGGUCGCCGACGAGGCCAGCCUGCGGCAGGCGGCUGCAAUCCUAGGGCGAAAGGAUCCCCGCCUCGCCGAGCAAGGCAUCCUGCUUGAAACGUACGUCGCGGGGCCAGAGCUGGACGCCAACUUCGUCCUCCUGGACGGCGUCGUGCUGUUUCUGGAGGUGACGGACAACUUUCCGUGCUCCGGUGACGAUCGAUCGGCCACGCUGGAGGCCAACUUCGCCGAGACGCUGCAGAUCUCCAACACGCGGCUCCCAGCCCGCGAGAUCGAGGUGAUCCGCGAGAAGCUCGGCCGGAGUCUCCGGGCGCUGGGCUUGCGGUCAGGCGUGUUCCACGUCGAGGCGCGCAUGCGCAAUUCCGCCAUGCGGUAUGAACGGGUGGUGGAGAGUGUUGUGCGGGACGACAGCAGCGAGGGGAAAGGUGGUGGUGCUGGUAUCAGCGACAGCGGCAGCGGCCGCAUCAUGAUCAUGGAUCUCAUUCUAGGUGGAGAAUCCGAGGAGCUCACGCCUCCCCCGUCACCCCCAGUUCCCCAACCCGACCCCUUCCUCAUUGAGGUCAACGUCCGUCCUCCCGGCACGGGAGGUACUUGGUCGACCCUGUAUACUUACGGUGUAGACCUUGGCGCCCUCCAGCUCCUGCGCGCGCUGAACGAUCACGAACGUUUCCGCGCGCUGUCGAGCCCGUUUCGCGUUCCUAGAGGGCAGCAUCAUCCCGGCGACGGCGGGGGCGCGCAGUACUGGAACGCGCACUGCAUGGUUCCCGUGCAUCGCGACUGGGUGCGGGUCCCCGCCGACUUCUUUGAACGGGUGUACCAAGCGAUCCCCGAAAUCGUGCCGUACGUGUCACGGGCGGAGUUGUCGGUCGAACCAGGAACACUGGUCCCGUCGGCUGGGGAGGUCCCGUGGAUUGGCUAUCUGCUGAUGCAUUCCAGAGUCAGUCGACGGCAUUUGCUAGGGAUGUAUGCGCGGUUUGCGGGGGCUUGUAGGGCAGUUUUGGACGCUACGAGUGGGGAUAAGCUUCUUGUCUCUUAGUGCUUGGUUUUUGUUGGACUUAUCUCGCCAUCGAGGGUGCAAAUAGACAUCACCACGAUUCCAUCCACGA